UGCCGAAGGCGUGGCAACGUUUCGCUGAGCACGCACGGCACCGUGCACUAAGUGCGCGUCUUUCCCCCCAAGCUAGUAUGUAGUAAAACCCAAAAGUAAUAGAUGAGCUGGAGCCCAGCUGGUGAGUGCGUGCGGUGCGGACCGAAAGACCUCGACGUUUGCGUAACUCCAUUAGUUAUUCCACGUGGCGCGACCUAAUGUCGCUCUCCCAUUGAGCCCAUUCGACCCAUUUCGAGCGGCAGGAGAUACGGAGGCCGAUUUCAGCAGGAGCGGUGAGAUUACGUCGGAAAUUUUGUGAAUGAGAGCGAGUGGACGAGGAUGAUGUACGCAGCUAGCAAGUGAAGUUUUUCGGGAUUGUUGAGCUUCUGGCAAGAGUAGUUAUGACGGAAGACAGUAAUGACCGUUCCAAAGAAGGCCUUAGUAACGCCGACGAGCCAUCAAGACGUUACAGCAACUUUAGUAAAACUGAAACAACGCAGGAAACUUCGCAAGAAGACUCCUUUCGUCCAAAAAUCCGGUGGCCGGAUUUCGCUGUACAACUAUUUAUACAUAUAGGGUGCUUAUAUGGCCUGUACUUGUGCCUUGUGUCAGCAAAAUUUUACACAACGCUUUUUGCAUUCCUAACGAUAUACGCCUCAGGGUUUGGUAUCACCGCAGGUGCUCACAGAUUAUGGUCACACAGAGCCUACAAAGCCAAAUGGCCACUUAGAUUAAUUCUAGUCUUUCUGUUUACCAUUACAGGCCAGAGACAUGUUUACAUAUGGGCCUUGGACCACAGGGUCCACCACAAAUAUAGCGAAACGGACGCAGACCCUCACAAUGCUAAAAGAGGCUUUCUUUUUUCGCAUGUGGGCUGGUUGGUCCUAACCCCUCAUCCAAACGUCGUCGAGAAGAGAAAAGCCGUUGACAUGAGUGACUUAGAAGCUGAUCCUAUCGUCAUGUGGCAGAAAAAGUUAUACCCUCUCCUUUUCCUCAUCUUCGUCAUUUUCCUGCCAGUGUACAUUCCCGUCUACUAUUGGAACGAGACUGUUUGGAAUUCCUUUUGGGUGAACUUCAACGCCAGAUUUUGUAUCACCUUGAACAUCGCCUUCUUCGUCAACAGUGUUGCGCACAUGUGGGGCCAAAAACCUUACGAUAGAUAUAUUAGUCCAGUAGAGAACUUAGCCGUGUCUAUGGCAGCUCUAGGUGAAGGUUGGCACAACUACCAUCACGUCUUCCCUUGGGAUUACCGCGCUGGUGAACUGGGCAACAUCUACAACCCAUCCACCGCCUUUAUAGAUCUGUUCGCAAAAAUCGGCUGGGCGUAUGACUUAAAAUUUGCUUCUAGCUCGAUGAUCAGCAGAAGGGCCCAGAAGAGCGGCGACGGGAGUCACGUUUGGGGCUACGGAGACGCGGAUAUCGAGAAGGAGGACUUAGAAGAGUUAGAAAAGAUGAAGGAUUUUAAUAAAUGUCACUGAUCAGUAUUAGCCAGUAUAGAAUAAUCCUGAUAGCUUAGUUUCGUUAAGGGUAAUAAGUUGUUUUCGUUGCGUAGUUCAUUGAUGAAUGAAUUUUAGUUUGUGUUGUUUAACAUUGUUUGCUGACACCACUGAAGCUACUAUUUUUGUAUUUUCGUCAGGUUGGUUAAAUAAAGUUGUGCCAUUUUACCGGGCAAAGCAAG